UCUCUCUCUCUCUCUCUCUCUCUACGUACAAAUACAAUACCUACACACACAUAUCGCUUGCAGCAACACUUUCCUCUUCGUUGGGGUUCCUCAUUUUUAUUUUUAAUUUAAAAAUAAAAUUCAGCAGAUCGAAUCCUACCUUUGUUGAUUCGUUCGAUGGCGUCGAAAAGGAUCCUGAAGGAGCUCAAGGAUUUGCAGAAAGACCCACCCACUUCCUGCAGCGCCGGACCUGUUGGAGAGGACAUGUUUCACUGGCAAGCAACGAUAAUGGGCCCACAAGACAGUCCGUACUCCGGGGGAGUUUUUCUAGUCACUAUUCAUUUCCCCCCUGAUUAUCCAUUCAAACCCCCAAAGGUCGCAUUCAGGACAAAAGUUUUCCACCCGAAUAUUAACAGCAAUGGCAGUAUUUGCCUUGAUAUCUUGAAGGAGCAGUGGAGCCCUGCCUUAACUAUUUCAAAGGUUUUGCUGUCGAUAUGUUCACUUCUGACCGAUCCAAACCCAGACGACCCUUUGGUACCGGAAAUAGCUCACAUGUACAAAACGGACAAGGUCAAAUACGAGCAGACUGCUAGGAGCUGGACCCACAAGUACGCCAUGGGCUAGUUUGAUCUGUUGCUUUUUCUUUUUUAGUGCUUUGAAUUAUUGUAAAGAUAAUGUGCCUAUUAUUGUGCCUUGUGAUUUGUAUUGGAUAACUGUAGAUUACUCUGCUUUUUUCUAAUUUUCUUGAUGGACAAAAUAUGUUUGGCUUUUUAAAUCUUUUCUUGUUAUGGAAUCGUUGUUAUUGAUGAA